AUGUCGCACCAUGCUGCUCAGCAACGCCGACGCUCGCCGGUCGUCCCUUCCGCCCUGACCGCGUUUCGCAGCUCCGACGUCUGCGCAGAUCCGCGCCCGCCUGCUGGCCUUCACGAGGCCUCACCACUGCCGCCCGGCUCGCCUCCGCCCAGCGCUAUUGCUGCUCCAACGCAGCCUCGAACGGCGCUUGUCGAGCCCGCUGUCGCGCUCGUCCAUGCUACCCGCGGCCCCGGGCCGCGGCUCCUGCGUCGUGCCCCGCCUCUGCCGCUGGCAACGCCCAUCCCCGCGCUGCGCCCAGCCUCCCCGCGGCCGCCACUUCCCUGCCGCGCGCCGCCCCCACUGCUGUGCUGA